GGUUUAAUCUGUUUUGUUAUGUCUAAACAGGUUAUACAAAGAUUUGUACAAAAAAACGCAUAAGCAAAAAAUGGCAAAAAAAAAAAAAAAAAAGUGAGAAGAAAAUGUUUCAUAUGACCUUUUUACAAGAUAUACCGAUUGAAGACAUGUAAACGUGCACAUCUUGUGCCCUAAGCUUUUUUGGCCGAAGCCAAGAUCCGGUUUGGGUCCCAUUGCCAACAUCCAUCAUCAGCAUCUACUUUUACUCCUGGUUGCUCUCUGUGAGUGUGCUACAGUGUUAACAUUUAGCCUUUAGUGAGCUGACGCUCACGCACAGCCCUAUAGAUGACUGGGGGGAGCCUGAUCUCUCACCCAGCUCGAUAGCACAGCCACACCAGUGUAGAGGCUUUAAGACUACAGGUUUAAAUAAUUAGGGGUGAUAGUGGUUUUAUUGAGAAAUCCUACACUUGAAAAAGCAAACGUGUUAACAAUACAACUGUGGGUGAUAAUCUGUUCGUUUGGUAAUUUACCCACUGCAAAAAAUCAUUUGUAUUUGUUAAAUGUAUUUAUUUUUUUAUUAAUUAUAUGAACAUAGUAUGGAUAAAUGUAUUAUUAACAUUAGAGCCCAUAUCUUUGAGUCCUAUAUUUGAAGUAGGAUAAGUUGUGGGGAGGGUGGGGUGGGAAGAGUCGAUGGUCAGGUACAGUAAAAUUACCACCUUUAUUAUUUCAUUGGAAUGUUUUUUUUUUUUUCAGUGACAGUUGAGUGACCAAGUUCCUUUGAAAAAUCUUUGAGAGACCAUUUUACAAGUCCUACGGUAGGAAUUUUGUUUUAUUAUGUGGCUGGUCUACUUACUUUAAAAGGGAGCUGAUUUUUAUUUUAUUUUAUAAACUUAUAGCAACAAAUACUUCAGUAUGUCCCACCCCCUUCUGUCAUUGCAGUACAACAACUAACCUGUAGAUGGAGUCAUCGCUCUUAGUCUGAAUCCACAGAGUUUGGGGCUUGUAUACUGCAUUUGGAUGGUUUAUCUGCGUUAUUUUUUUUUGUGUUUGACUGAUAAUACUCUUAUAUUUCAACUGAUUGAGCAGCUGCACAUAGAAAACCUGUCGAGCUGAGUGCUUGCUGGAGGGAGUUACACACCAAAGCACACCACAAUCCUAAUGUCUCUGUCCCAAAUAACCACCCCACUGUAAAACAAAAACAAGUAACCAGCAAUAAAAUCCACCUUCCAUGAUAUAUUAUUACUCCACAGAAUGUCAUGCUCACCGCUGAGCACGUUGAAUCCUCUGUGUUAAGACAAUUGAAGCACAUUUGAUAAGUCCAUGCACUAACUUACAGCCAGUUAUAUUUGGUGUUCAAAGUACGGUUUCUAUCCCCACUCCUCCUCCUCAUCCUCACCCCUGUGUGCUACAGUUGCGGUUUAAAUGCAGUAUGUAAGCGCUGGUUUUGUGGCAGACGGACAGGGAGAGAGGUGAAUAAAGUUAGCCGUGCCAUCUGAAUGUCCACUGACCAUCUCUCCUCACUGCAGGAAGGCUUCAAACCCAACUGUACUCAUCUGAAACAUUGUUUCUCUGCAGCUAUUCCAAUUCAUGCAAUAAAAACAGUACCAUUAAAACCCACGCGUGUUCAGACACGUUCUUGCUUUGCCUUUGAGUCUCACUAUUGUCUCUCUGCUUAUGUGUUAAUGCUGCAAUGUAAAGGCCAUGUUGUGAAACCUAACUUGAUAUGGAAAGUAGUGUUAGGGUGAAAUAAAAAAAAAAAAAAAAAAAGCGUGUGUGAGAGCGUUGGUCGGCGCGUGAGGGAUGGAGGAGGGGCGUCCUCGCUCGGAGCAGCGCGCGGGGACCACAACACGCGCUCCCAGCCUGCACCUACCGGUCAUCACUGUAGAUUUUGUCAACGGGACGUUACUUAAACCAGCCAGGAGUGGAGCUGCCAACCUCACCGCUCCAUUACAUCCCGAAACCUGGUGGGAUCUCUGAUGACCUUUGUUGCUGCCCUCAUCAGCUCCUGUUUUCCUCCUGCUCGUCCUCCUUAUCCCUCUCCUCCCCUUUUCUUAAACUCCCCUCCCCUCCUCCCUCGUGUCUCCCAGCCCGAGGCUUAUUACUCAAACCCACUGAAGGGAGCAACACAGUAGCUGGCAAAGGAUGAAGCGGGUCUGCCUGCCAACACCAGACAGAGGAUAGAAGACACAAAAGGACUAGCGAAGGGGAGAAAGACAGAGAGAGACAGAGGGGACGACUAGUGGAAAGAGCCGCAACGGAGCUGUGAGAGAAGCAGCAGCAACACUGAAGAUGCCACGGCGAAGGAAAAACACAAGGUUUACUUAAGCGUCAUGAGCUAGCAAGGGGCCCCUAACAGAUCCUGAACUGUUGACUUCUUAACAAACUUCCGCCCCCCCCAACACACACACACACACACACACACACAAGUUGUGGAGACAUACACACCUGCUCUCGGGGGCUCCUUGUUAACACCUGAUAUGCCUCUGUAACAAGUGUGAGCCAUGCCAGCCAAGGGGAAGUACCUGUUGAAUGACCAAGAGCUGAAAAAUGAGGCACUGUACCGCAAGUUCUCCUGCAUCAGCCAGUAUCAGCCACUGGUGCUCUUGCUGGGCCUCUCCAUGCUCUCCUGUGGGAUCCUCCUCAUCCUCUUCUUUGCCCUUCAACUGAGCGCAAAGGAUCACUGUGCCUUUGUGAGCGUGGUGAGUGGCAGCCUGUGCGUGUUUCUGACCGUGUUUGUGCUCGUGUGUACGGAGAUACUCUCACAACGAUGGAGGCGUCUACUCGGCCUGAUUGUAUGGGCCACACACCUCACCAUGGGCUACACCUUUAUCUUCAGCAGCCCAAUCAUCUUGCCUUGGGACCAGGUGCCUUUCUUCCUCUUCAUCAUCUUCACAGUGUACACUAUGCUGCCAUUCCAGUUGUGGUACGCUGUGGUGCUGAGUGUCAUCUCCUCACUGUCCCACAUCAUGGUCCUCACACUGCGCCUCACUGUUUAUGAAAAAAAGUCCCCUUCGUACCUCGCCGAACAGCUGCUGUCCAAUGCAGUGGUGUUUCUAUGUGGCAGUGUGGUGGGAGCCUUCCAUAAGGUCCUGAUGGAGAAAACCCUGAGGCAGACCUUUCAAGACACACUGAGGUGCCUGAGCAUGCGGAUGAAGCUGGAGAUAGAAAAGAGACAACAGGAGAACCUGUUACAAUCUGUGUUACCAGUCUACAUCUCUAUGAAGAUGAAGCUUGCAAUCAUGGAGCGCUUGCAAGACUGUAAAGACAAAGAAGAACAACAGCGACUGGUCAAAGAUAACAACUUCCACAGUCUUUAUGUCAAGAGGCAUGAGAAUGUCAGUAUUCUUUAUGCUGACAUUGUCGGCUUCACCCGAUUGGCCAGUGACUGUUCUCCCAAAGAGCUUGUCAUUAUGCUCAAUGAAUUGUUUGGCAAGUUUGACCAAAUUGCCAAGGAAAACGAAUGCAUGAGAAUCAAGAUCCUUGGAGACUGUUACUACUGUGUGUCAGGACUGCCGGUUUCUCUGCCGAAACAUGCCAAGAACUGCGUCAAAAUGGGCCUGGACAUGUGUGAAGCCAUCAAGCAGGUACGGGAGGCCACCGGAGUGGAUAUUAACAUGAGAGUGGGCGUGCACUCAGGCAACGUGCUCUGUGGUGUCAUCGGCCUUCGCAAGUGGCAGUUUGACGUGUGGUCACAUGAUGUCACGCUGGCCAAUCACAUGGAGUCAGGAGGCCUUCCAGGACGUGUCCACAUCACAGAGGCAACUCUGAAGCACCUGAACAAGGCUUAUGAAGUGGAAGACGGCAAUGGCCAUCUCAGGGACCCCUAUCUGAAAGAGCUCAACGUCCUGACCUACCUGGUUAUUGAUCCACGGUCUAAGGACCCGUCAACGAACAGCCGUACUGUGCCUAAACCUCGGGUGAAUGAUGGUCUGAAGAUGAGAGCGUCAGUGCGUAUGACCCGCUACCUGGAAUCUUGGGGGGCUGUUAAACCCUUCGCCCACCUUCAGAGCCGAGAGGGCUUCACCCCAGACGCUAUUGUUAAUGGCAAGACACGCUUCAAGGACAUCCCUUUACGAGCAGCCCCCAGCUCCAAGAUCACUGAGAGCUUUGAUGAGUCUCUAGAGGAACCGUUCUCCUUGCCUACCCCUUCGUUCAGCAGCUAUAAGAACAAAUCCCAGAAGAGUAAGUUUGAUGAGGAGCUGCACAACGAGAUGACUACCACCAUAGAUGAGCUCAGCAGCAAGCAGUGGUCUAAGUCUGAAGAGAAUGGCGGUUUAAAUGUGUGGUUUCUAAAGAAAGAUCUGGAAAAACAGUACCGAGCCCUGGACUUGCCAAUGUUCAAACACUAUGUUGGCUGUGCCACCUUCAUCUUCCUCUGCAUUUUUUUGGUUCAGAUGUUCGUCACAAAGGAUCGACAGAUGUUGGCGAUGUCAUUUGGAGUGUUGGUCUGUGUGCUGCUGCUGACCCUGGCCAUCUGUUUUGCGGGUCACUUUCAGCGCCUCUUUCCAGAGAAGCUGUCGAGGUGCCAGUGGCUGCCAGCUGUGUCGGAGGCGGUGGUAAAGCGGCCGUGUGUGCGCCUCCCACUGGCCACCAUCACUGCCGCGGUCAUCGUUAUCUUGGCAGUUUUCAACCUGUGCUUCAUCCAGACGCCACAGACAGAGUGUCCCACUGAUAUUGGUGACCUGCGUCACAAUGAUUCCCAUGAGCAAGGAUUAGAGGAAAGUCUCUUCUACCUGCCAUAUUCCGUGUACUGCUGCAUCCUGUCACUCGUUGCAUGUGGAGUCUUCCUCCGGGUGAGCUUUGAGCUCAAAGUGCUCUUCCUCACCCUGGCCUCCACCGCAUACUACAUCAUCAUCCUCAGCACCAAGAGCGAACUCUUUGUGGUCUACGGAAAGGUCCUCUGCUAUCAGCAGCUCAAGGGCUGCAACUGCAGCAGCAACGAUAGCGUCAUCUUGAGCUUGAUAGGGCUGGUGAAACACCCCCAGGAGAUGAGCUGCAUAUAUAUCACCCUGUUUCUGGUCACCAUGCUCAUCAUCUCACAACAGAAUGAGUCCUGCUUUCGCCAGGACUUCCUGUUAAAGUAUAAGAACCGCACAGAGCAGGAUGAGAUCGAGACCAGGGAGAACCUGAACCGCCUGCUGCUGGAGAACGUGCUGCCGGCCCACGUGGCAGCGCUCUUUGUUGGGGAGAAUAAAAAGAAUGAGGACCUCUACUAUAAGUCGUAUGACUGCGUCUGUGUGAUGUUUGCCUCAGUGCCAGAUUUCAAAGAGUUUUACACUGAGUGUGAUAUCAACAAGGAGGGCCUGGAAUGCCUGAGGCUCCUGAACGAGAUCAUCGCUGACUUUGACGAGCUGCUGUCCAAACCGAAGUUCAGCGGUGUGGAGAAGAUCAAGACAAUUGGCAGCACUUACAUGGCUGCUGCAGGGCUUAGUGGGACGCCUGGUCAGGAGAACAAUCAGGACAGAGAAAAGCAGCAGGCCCAGAUAGGCAUCAUGGUGGAGUUUGCCAUUGCUCUGAUUGGCAAGUUGGACGGCAUCAACAGGCAUUCCUUCAAUAGCUUCAGGCUUCGUGUGGGUAUUAAUCACGGCCCGGUGAUAGCCGGAGUGAUCGGGGCGAGGAAACCUCAGUACGACAUCUGGGGCAAUACUGUGAACGUAGCCAGCAGAAUGGAGAGCACCGGGGAGCUGGGAAAGAUCCAGGUGACAGAAGAAACAACCGAUGUGCUGCAGAAGCUGGGCUACUCGUGCGAGUGUCGAGGGUUCAUUAAUGUGAAGGGCAAAGGGGAGCUGAAAACCUUCUUUGUGUGCACCGACAUGAGCAAGCAGCAAGGUAUGGGGCUGAGCUGAGGCCAGGCCGCCACAGCCAGCACAACUGGAGACAGACAUGUGUACACAAGCCAAGAGUUUACAGACUCCUGCGCACCACAAGUGUUGAGACAGAACUGACUGUGAUGCAGCUGUGUUCCUGCGAUGUUAAUGAAUGAAAAUACUAAGGCUUCGCUGCGUGGUGGAUGUGACACAGAGUCGACACUUGCUACUCCGGACCUGUUGAAUGGAUCAGGGUGUGGCAGUCGUGGUGGAGAUGGUCAGUACGUACAAUCACCGUCUUUUUCUACUCACAAACACAUUUACGUCCAGUGAUCGGUCACUUUUGUACUUUUUUCUUUGUCUUUAACUUAGAUGUUUGCGAUUGAAAAAGUGUGUUUUGUCCUAAUGCCAAAUACAGUUGUGUCACUUUUGAAGACCUCUCCGGUCCUUUAAAAACAAAACCAUGGAUUCUGUUUGGAUCAUAAUUUGAAACCCAUCUGGUUUUCAUGUUUUGAGGGGGGGGUGGACACACUGCUCUGUUACUGUGUAACGAGCAUGACAUAUGUGAAGUGGUUAGACAGAGCCGUUUCAUUAACAGAAACAGGCUGGACAGAUGAAGUUAGAGAGAAAAACUCUUCUUGCUCCUUUGUUUGGGACAUUCACAUCAUGAAAAGUAGUGUUUCACUUUCUGGCUGAGCUGCAGAUGCUAAAGUUACUGUACCAACACUUCUGCUCUUCAUGUGAACAUCUUUUAGGUUCUAGCUGUGUAGUUUGACAGUACCAACUGUUGAAUUUGACUUAUACCAUAAGAUAUGUGCUGCAUUUCAAGAGGAAACUCAGAAAUCCAUGUGCUGUAUGUGCAUCACCUCUUUGUGUUUAUACUGCUUGUCUGCAUUUACGCUGCAAUGAGGGAAACCUGUGACGCUCUCCGUGGUGUCCUCAGUGUGUGUGAUCUCACAACCUGCCUGCUGUGAAUGUUUUUCUGACUCCAGCUCAGACGCUCACCUGAACUGAUGUUGAUCGCUCCGUGUCUCUCUGAAAACUUGAUGUCUUGUGGCCUUAUCUUUUGAGACCGUCAUCAUGUCUGUAAUUGUGGUUACAAAUUAAUAAUAAUAAUAAUAAUAAUAAUAAUGUAUUGGCCUUCAUGUGAACAAAUGUGACAUUGAAUUUUGUACAGUUGCAGAAUGUAAUAAAUGUUUUCCUAAGUC